AUGCAGCAGCAGGUGCAGCGGAUCGUGAACGAGGCGCGGCGGCGGCCCAAAGCGGCGCACGUGGCACCCGAGGGCGCCCUGGGCAAGAUCUCGGUGAUUUCGGCCCGCAACCCGAAGCAGGUGAUCCAGGUUGCGCGCCAGCACGCCGGCAGCGUGUCUGCCCACGACCGGCAGCACUCGCCGCAGCCCGGCGAUCUGGGCGGCAUCUUUGCCGGCCUCGGCGACGCACGCAACCCUGCGAUCGAGCGCCGCAAGACGCUGCGGUCCAUCGAGAGCGUGUAUAACGCUGUGCUGCGCAUGGAGCAGCUGAUGCGCGAGCAGGUGCGGACUGCCGGCCAAUGCCGACCACCCGGCCGUACACACCUGGCUGGCGCAGACAUUGCCUGGAACGAAAUCGAGGCCGCCCAGCCCAUCUCAAACACGUACCCGCACGCGCUCGUGCGUUUCCUGUCAUUUGCCAAGGGCAAGCGCAUUAUCCCGCGCCUCGUCCACCACCUGAGCAUCGACCAGGUGCUGGCGCUGACCACCACCAUCAUUGCGAACUUUGAAUCCCUGGACGUCUGCCGCUUUGCUACCUACAAUGCCGGUGCAGCCGCCGCCAAGCAGCGCGAGGAAACCGACCUGUUCAUGCAGGCUGUCAUGCCGCCUGCCCUGGCUUUCCUCGCCGACACCUCCUUGCAGAUCGUCAACGGCCUGUUUGCGCUGUUCAUGGAGCGCAACAAUGUCGCCUGGGUGGCCCGUACAAAGCCUGCUCUCGGAUUUCUGUCCAUGUUCCUGGGCCGCACCGAGAUGCUCAAGCAGACCAUGCAGUUCCCGUCUGCAGACAGCCCCGAGCUGUACCAGGCCGCCGAGCUCUAUAACCACCUGUUCCAGUCGCUGCGCGGUGGCUUUGUCGCCAUUUUCCCUCCUGCGCAGCAGCAGAUCGACCUCCAUCAGCCUGCGAUGGGUCUGAUGGAGGACGUCCACGCCUGGCAGUUCCUCGCCACCCUUGCCAUCAGUGCAUCGGUCGACCAGCAGCAUGUGCUGGUUGCUGAGGUCCGCGAGAAGGUGCUCGAGAAGGUCCAGCUUGCCAAUAGCGGCAGGGUGCCGGUGGAGAUUGCCGCGGCGCUGACUGCCAAUGUCAACUUGUUCCUGAAUGCCCUCGGCCUCGAUGCCUCGCAAGUGGCCAUGUAA